AUGUCGACUGACUAUAACUACGACGAGCAGGGCCAAUUCUUCCCUUUCUUCAUCCUCACCCUGACCGGCCUCGUUACCCUCCCUCUCACAUAUACCCUUCUAAGGCCUGUCAAAGGACUCGAAAAUUCUGCCCCUCGAAUCAAGUCUGAUUUCAAGCCACAACAUGACAAUAUCAUACAGAGUCAGAAGCAGAAGCUUCUGCGAAAGGAGCGCCGUAUCAAGAGGAUCGUUACGGUGAUAGUUGGCUAUGCAGUUAUGGCCUGGAUGGUUUACCUGAUCACCGUGACUGCAAGAUCUGCCCCCAAGAUCUGGGAUCCCUAUGAAAUUCUCGGAAUUUCAAGAAGCGCGGAUGAGAGAGCUAUCAGCAAACACUAUAAACGCCUUUCCGUCAAAUUCCACCCAGACAAGAUCAAGCCCGACCCUGCAAAAAAUGAAACCGUUGAGAUGCUCAACGAACGUUUCGUCGAACUUACAAAGGCAUACAAGACACUCACAGACGAAGAAAUCAGAAACAACUACAUCCAAUUCGGCCACCCUGACGGAAAACAGAGCUUCAGCAUUGGUAUCGCCCUGCCCAAAUUUAUCGUCACGGAAGGAAAUGGAAAGUUUGUCCUUUUGCUGUAUGGAAUCCUCUUUGGUGUUCUCCUUCCGUAUACCGUUGGAAGGUGGUGGUACGGUAACCAGCGCUAUACCAAGGACAACGUUCUUGUGGCCAGCGCAGGGAACCUGUUCCGAGAGUACAAACCGGGCCUGACUGGCGGGGAUAUGAUUGGCACCAUGAGCGUAGGAGAUGAGUAUACAGAACUCCUCGAUGGGGAUCAUGCGCAUUCAGGGCUAGCUAAGAUUGAGAAGAAAAUCCUUGAGUCGGUGGAUAUGUCACCCAAGGAUAAACUCGCUCUAAGCAAAUUGGAUGAUGAGAGGAGGAGAAAGGCACUUGCGCUGUUAUGGGCUUAUCUUGGAAGGGUGGACCUCGAAGACAAUACCCUUAACAACGAAAAGUUCCAAGUCGCACCCCCUGCCGUUACCCUCAACAAUGCAUUCACCACAAUUGCCCUGGCUUUCGGCAACCUGCAACCUAUCAUGACAUCACUCUAUACAUCCCAAAACCUCAUUCAAGCUAUUGCACCGAACUCCUCUCCGCUUCUUCAGCUUCCCUACUUUACCCCUAACGUUGUCCGAUCCGUGGAAGGCGAACAUUCUAAAACCCACAUGACCAUUCAGCAGUUCAUGAAAUUGCCAGAAGUCAAGCGACGAAGCAUGACUAUCGGUAGUGGACUUUUGACAGACUCGCAGUAUCAAACCGCAGUAUCGGUAGCAAGGAGAAUACCCGCCUUGGAGCUGUGCAAGGCUGUUCUCAGAGUGCAAAGCGAAAAAGUCAUAACUCCUAGCAGCUUGGUACAACUUGUUGUUAAAGCCCGCUUUGUCCCACCUGGCUGCGAAUACGUUCCACCGGUCAAGGAGUCGGACCUCGUAAUUGAAGAUAUCGACGAAGACGCCAUAGCAGACGCCCAGACAGGAAAUGCUACCGUUGACCCUAAGGAGAAAGAGAAGAAGACCCAGAGUGAAAAGGAAGAUGAGCCUGAAAUUCAGCCUCCUCUUGCCCAUGCCCCUUACUUCGCCCGAGACCACUCCCCAAGAUGGCACAUAUUCCUCGCGGAUGUUAAGCAGGACCGUAUGGCCGUUCCUCCUUUCACAUUCACCAAAUUUGACAAGCCCAUAUUUGACGAUGAGGGCAAACCAACUUUCAACGUACAGACGAUGAAGAUGCAGUUCCAGGCUCCUCCACAGGUCGGGAGUUUCCCAUUCGUCCUUAACAUCGUUUGCGACAGCUACAUCGGAUUUGACCAGGAGCAAGAAAUUACUCUUGAAGUUGAGGAUUUAGAGAAGGCCGCUGCUGUAGCUCAGGAAGAUGACAUCAGUGAACCAGACGAAGAUUCCAUUGCCGGACAGAUGCAGGCCUUAAAAACCGGUCAAGCACCUCCCAAGAAGAAGCAUAUCGCUGAAUCCAGCGAAGACGACGAGAGUGACACCGACGGCGACGCUGCCGAUGACACAAGCGAAACAGACACCGAAACAGACACUGACGGAGAAUAA